AGCUCAUCUUGAUAAAGAGUGGCCGACCUGUCCUGACUGCUCCAAUCAGCCCUUCCAUAGGUGGAGUAAUCCAAUAAAGUAGUGACUACAACUCUCCCUCUCCCUCUCCCUCCGCCUUCAGUCUGUCUGAGCAGGCGGGCCAGCAAGCUUUCCCUCUUCCCACCGGCAGGGCACGGCGGGACGGACCACCCUGGGCCAAAAUGACGGAGCGCUACGACUGCCACUACUGCAAAGAGUCCCUGUUCGGGAAGAAGUACGUGCUGCGGGAGGAGAACCCGUACUGCAUCAAGUGCUACGAGAGCCUCUAUUCCAACACCUGUGAGGAAUGCAAGAAGCCCAUUGGCUGCAACAGCAGGGACCUGUCCUAUAAGGACCGCCACUGGCAUGAAGAUUGCUUCCACUGCUUCCAGUGCAAGCGCUCCCUGGUGGACAAGCCCUUCUCCACCAAGGACGAGCAGCUGCUGUGUACUGAGUGCUACUCCAACGAGUACUCCUCCAAGUGCCAUGACUGCAAGAAGACCAUCAUGCCGGGCUCCAGGAAGAUGGAGCACAAGGGGAAUAGCUGGCAUGAGACCUGCUUCACCUGCCAGCGCUGCCAGCAGCCAAUCGGCACCAAGAGCUUCAUCCCCAAGGACAACUACAAUUACUGCGUGCCCUGCUACGAGAAGCAGUUCGCCAUGCAGUGUGUGCACUGCAAGAAGCCCAUCACCACAGGCGGGGUGACCUACCAUGACCAGCCCUGGCACAAGGACUGCUUCCUGUGCACCGGGUGUAAGCAGCAGCUGUCCGGCCAGCGCUUCACCUCCCGCGACGACUUCGCCUACUGCCUCAACUGCUACUGCAACCUGUACGCCAAGAAGUGCGCCUCCUGCACCACCCCCAUCAGCGGUCUGGGCGGGAGCAAGUACAUUUCGUUCGAGGAGCGCCAGUGGCACAACGACUGCUUCAACUGCAAGAAGUGCUCCGUGUCCCUGGUGGGGCGGGGCUUCCUGACGGAGAGGGACGACAUCCUGUGCCCCGAAUGCGGCAAGGACAUGUGAAGCGUAACAAAAACGGGGCGAGGGCGGCUGGCACCCGGCGUGUGGUGGGCACGAGGAAGACGAUGAACCGAAUCAAAGCACAAGGCACACUAAUAGCCGUUAUUCUACCACAGACUACUCCUACUAACUGCAAAUGCUUUUGGACUGAGAUAUAUGCAUUUUUAGAUUGAUUCAUAAACCUUUUUAAUGCUAUACGGU